UCUCCUGGAAGCACGAAACUGAUCCGAAAGGAUCGCGAGCGCGCGUGAAUGAGCGACGACCAUGGCAGUAGUAUGCUGUCGGUACUCACCAACAGAACUUCCCAAGCGCCUGCAAUCUCCCUUUCUCGGCCAAACUCCACCUCUUCUUGGAAAAUCACCUUCUGGACAAACUUUCCUACAUCAUCCAUCUAAGAUUAAUGCAAUAUUUUGGGGGCCUAGGAAAACUGUGGAGCCACGUGAGAUGGACCUUUCACUUGGGGCAUUUAAUCUGACAGGGUCAGGCCAAGAGGGAGUGAUAGGAUGUGAAAUGAAACCCCAGAAAAUAUUCCUUUCUGUGGUUUCUUCAAUUUCAGAGGUUUCUGCAGAUGGUUGGGAUGCAUGUGCACUGGAUGCUACAGGACCAGAGAAACUUAAUCCAUUUCUUACUCAUGGUUUCCUUUCUAGCUUAGAGGAGUCAGGUUGUGCAGUAAAGGAAACGGGAUGGUUACCUCGACACAUCAUUGCUCAGGAUGAAUUUGAGAAUAUUAUAGGUGUUGUUCCUCUUUAUCUUAAAAGCCACUCUUAUGGGGAAUUUGUCUUUGACUAUUCUUGGGCAGAUGCUUACUACAGUUUUGGAUCUAGUUAUUAUCCGAAGUUACAGUGUUGUGUUCCUUUUACCCCAGUGACUGGGCAGAGGAUACUAAUCCGUAACACCUGGUUCAAGGAUCAGGUCUUUGAAAAGUUAGUUUCUGCACUGAAGGACCUGACUGCUAAGUUUGAGGUCUCAUCACUUCACAUUACUUUUCCAUCUGAAAAUGAGUGGCACAACAUGAAAGAACAUGGAUUUCUACAGAGGAUUGGAAUGCAGUACCAUUGGAAAAAUCGUAAUUAUAGAAGUUUUGAUGACUUCUUGAUGGACAUGAAGCAAAGCAAGCGGAAAAAUAUCCGUCAAGAGCGGAAAAAGAUUUCUACUCAAAACUUGAAAAUGAAACGCCUCCGUGGUGAUGAAAUUAAGGCAAGGCACUGGGAUUCCUUCUACAAGUUCUAUAGGAACACAACUGAUAACAAGUGGGGUAGAGCUUUUUUAACUAGGGACUUCUUUCACAACAUGGGAGCAAAAAUGGGAGAUAAGGUGUUACUCAUUGUUGCCGAAGAAGAAGAUGAACUUGUUGCAGGAGCUCUUAAUCUUAUCGGAGGAGAUACUUUGUUUGGGCGCUUAUGGGGCUGUCUCCCACAGGCCUACUAUCCAAGUUUACAUUUUGAAGCAUGUUAUUAUCAGGCUAUAGAAGCAGCUAUUGAAAUGAAUCUUGAGAAAGUCGAGGCAGGAGCUCAGGGAGAACAUAAAAUUCAGCGGGGCUAUCUUCCUGUGACAACUUACAGCAGCCACUACAUUCUGGAUAAAGGUUUUAGAAAAGCGAUACAGGAUUUUCUGGUGCGUGAGACAGAUCAGGUCAAGCUUGUUAUGAAACUAUUACAUGACUCCAGUCCCUUCAAGGAUGAUUUAGAGCAUUGAAGUCUUCAUGAACAAACAUUAUGCUGUAUAAAGGUGUUCUUAUAUGAAGCGGACCCCGUGAUGAAGCUGUAAAUACGCCUUCUCAACACUCUUAUCGUUGCAUUCAAAGACAUUUCAGAAACAAGAAUAACAAAAAUAUCUUGCCCUAUGGAACUGAAAGUCAUUUAAACACCAAUGGCAAUGACAGUUGAUUA